CCUCGCUCCUAAAACUGCAGCCUCUUGUUCAUCCUCCAACGGAUAUCUAGAGAGAGAAAACACACAACAGCGUCAAGAGAGAGAGAGAGAGAGAGAGAGAGAGAGACGCAGGCGAUGCCGACGAAAGCAGCCACAAUAACCGCCGCACCAUCAUUUUCCGGCGGAGGGGCCACAAUCCUCUGCUCCCAUCGCUCCUCACUCUUCAACCGCCUCCAAUCUCCCCCUCCAAAUUCUCGCAUCUGUUUCAACUAUGUAGAGCCCCUUUUUGCCAGACCCUACCGCACAAGGCACGUCUUCGUCAUCCCCAGAGCCGCCGAUUCAACUCAGCCUACCUCCGCCCCCGCCAUCGACAAGCCAACCGUUCCCGAUGACGAGUUUACUCUCGCCAAGGUAUCAUUUGGUGUUAUUGGACUUAGUCUUGGUGUAACUCUUCUCUCUUACGGUUUUGGGGCAUACUUCAACAUCCUUCCCGGAUCUGAAUGGUCUGCAUUAAUGCUAACUUAUGGUUUUCCUCUUGCCAUAAUUGGAAUGGCUCUCAAGUAUGCAGAGCUAAAACCAGUACCGUGCUUGACUUACUCAGAUGCUCAGAUGUUGAGGGAAAAAUGUGCCACUCCAAUUCUUAAACAGGUCAGGAAUGAUGUCACUAGAUAUCGUUACGGUGAUGAGCAACAUUUGGAUGAGGCUUUAAAAAGAAUUUUUCAAUAUGCUCAGGGUGGAGGAAUACCACGAAGGAGUGCACCUGUUUUGCAAAUGAUACGUGAAGAAGUCAUUGAAGAUGGUAGAUACUGCUUAGUUUUGGUGUUUAAGGCGAAAGACCUGCAGUUGUCAGAUUUUGAGAAAAGACAGGCAAAAUUUACUUCAUUCUUUGGUCCAGGGAUCACAGCUGAAAUUGGGAAGGGAGAAGAAGAUCUAUAUGAAAUCCGACUUAUAUCAAAUACGAUUUCCGAGUAAGGUAUAUUGAAGUUGAUCAAAAUCUGAUAUCUUGUUAGCAGUGUCCAUGCAGGAUAGGACAUGUAAUCCUUUGUAUGAAGAAAAAUAGAAUAGGGAAAAGAAACAAGCCGAGAGGUAUUGGAAACCAAUUUGGCAGAGAGUUCUACCAAUAUAUGAUGGGGGUAAAAAAACAUUUCGUUUCUGUAAGUGUUGAGUUUGUCAUUCCAUAUCUUUUUAUAUACUCCUCGACGGUAAACUAAAUUGCACAUAAUGUUGUAUUCUUUUAUAUUGCGUUGACUUA